CCCUCCCCACCCGCUGGCUGUUCUUCACCCCGUGGACUCCUGACUUCUCCGCCUGGAACAUCAAUAUGUGUCAUGUUAUUGUCACCUGUCGCUCGAUGCUCUGGACCCUCCUGAGUAUUGUGGUGGCUUUUGCAGAGCUCAUUGCCUUCAUGAGCGCCGACUGGCUCAUCGGCACAGCCAAGGGUCGCAGCGGCGCCGAGCCCGACGACCGGAGCGGAGGCUCGUCGGAGCCCUACCACCCGACCUUGGGCAUCUACGCCCGCUGCAUCCGCAACCCUGGCGUGCAGCACGUGCCGCGGGAGACGCUGUGCGGGCCCUACGCCGAGAACUUCGGCGAGAUUGCCAGCGGCUUCUGGCAGGCCACCGCUAUCUUCCUCGCCGUGGGCAUCUUCAUCCUCUGCACCGUGGCCUUGGUGUCCGUCUUCACCAUGUGUGUGCAGAGCAUCAUGAAGAAAAGUCUUUUCAACGUCUGCGGGUUGCUGCAAGGGAUCGCAGGCUUGUUCCUGAUCCUGGGUCUGAUACUCUACCCUGCCGGCUGGGGCUGUCAGAAGGCCGUAGGCUACUGCGGACACUAUGCAUCGGCCUACAGGCCUGGAGACUGCUCCUUGGGCUGGGCCUUUUAUACCGCCAUCGGGGGCACGGUCCUCACCUUCAUCUGUGCUGUCUUCUCCGCACAAGCAGAAAUUGCAACCUCCAGUGACAAAGUACAGGAAGAAAUCGAAGAGGGGAAAAACCUUAUCUGCCUCCUUUAGUUUGGAAGAGACGUAAAUGACCUUUUUCUUCCUGUGUCACCUUGUGAAAGAGUACCCCUCUGGUUCCCUCCUGAGUCAAGUGAAGAACUAGCCUUUACCUACCACAGCCUCCAUUGCACGGCCCCAGGCCUUAACAGGACCAGUGCAAGGAAACAUCCAGCUGAGUGCGCUCCAGGGCCACAGUUCCAGCUGUCAGAGAUGGAACAGGAACCCUGACCCGGAGCUGAUGAGUCUGACUCCAUCUCCUCCGAAGCUCAUGAAGGAUGAUCAUCUAAAUCAUUAAGGCAGCAGUUCCUCUGGUAACAGGAGAUGUGAGCUAGAUUUGCAGGCUGUGUGGAGAUGUAUUUCUGCCACAAGGUUGCAUGCCUGUAAGCAUCACUGCCUCAGAAUGGGGUUUUGGGGUUGGUGUUUUUGUCUCCUCCUAGUUCUUCCAAGUCGUCUCAGAGACUAAAAUGAAGACUGCAUACUUACUGGGGAUAGGUUAUGUGUUCAAGGGCAUAAUAAGACACUGCCUCUUAUGACCAAAGGGGUCAGCAGGUCGGUGUGGAAUCCCAUUGUGGAACUGAUUCUAGGCUGAAUUCCAGGGUAAGGCUGGAUCACUUGAACUGUCCAAGAUUUUAGAAAUCUGAGUAAGGAAAGAAUAAGGACCUAUAUGAUCAUGGGAAUAAAAGUAGAAAAUCCUGCUAGGGAAGACAAAUUCAUUCCACUGCCCAGCAGUCAGGCUACCGCCAGUACUGGCCCAGUCUCCUCUUCUAAAGGAGAUCCCAUAUUUUUCUCCUAGGGUUAGGAUCGAGCUUUGACUGCCAAAGGAAACCUCACCCUAUUUCCUCAUUCCAGGAACAGAGGUCUCCAAGCCAACUGUGGCUCAUUCAGAUAUUCACUGAGAGAACUGGCCAGAAUCUCAGCACUUGCGGGGAGACCUUUUCCCACUGUUUGGUAGUCAGCUAUAUUUCCAACCCCAGCAGCAAUGGAAUGACCUUUGCAGGAAAAAGAGGAGCUAGUCAUGGGAGUUCAGUUUCUCCAGUUACUAGUGUUGUUUCUGAAAGCAGACUGAAAGAACAUUAAAAUUACUUCAGUGGGUGAGUUGCAUCAAGCCUUCACACCCAGAGAAGCAAAGAGUGGAAAUUUAAUGCAAAAAUGAGAGCUAGACCAAGCUCAUAGCACCUGCCUAUGCCUGUUUACAGAAAGAAUGGAACACCACUAUUAAAAAGGAUUCAGGAGCUUAUAAUCUAGUUUCUAUAAAUUGCAAAUAAAAUUGAUGCAGAAAAAUGGUAUUCACCACCACCUCACAUUUACUUUGGAAUGAUCUCAGUGGCAAGAACCUAGCUGGGUAUUACCGAAGCUUCAGAACUGCAGAAUGAUACAGAAACACUCCUGCACAGUUUAGCAAGUUUGGAGUGGACCUACGAGAUUUCUGGAAGAAUUAAAAGUACAGGUCUAUUUGGGCUUAUGAAUAUGUUCCCCUAAGAGCUUGCUUUGUUUUGAAAGCUUAACAAAUAAUGACUUUGCACCUUCUUUGGGUAAGGUAUUGUAUGCUAAGUACCACCAGGCAUAGAAACCUGAUUCAGAUUUUACAACACCGCCUGAAGUGAAUCAUCUCCAGGCUGAGUCUAAAACCAUGCCUUGGUGCAAAACAAACAGUUGCUUUAUAUGUAGAUGGACUGGAGCAACUAAACCUUUAUUCCCUUCUGGCCUUCCGCCUAUACCACAAACCAUCUUAUCACCCAGAUUAAGAGCUAAGGGCGAGAGGGGUGGUGGUAUAGAACCAGGCCUUAAGCAGUUCACCUUUCUUAGACCAAAGUUGAGAGUAAGCAAGAUUUAAGUCCUACAACCUUUUUUUAUUUUUUGAAAAGAGAAGGGGUAAAUAGUUCUGCUCAUAGCAGCCUACUGUAUGGGCUCAGGAAACAAUUAACCCUAUCUCUAACACCACACAGAAAUAGGGUAUGGAAGCCGAUGGACAGGGCUCCGGUCCCUGCUGUGUAUUUUUAUGCUCUAACCAACUCCCAGUGCCCACCGUAACUACUUUUUAAACCUUGGCAGUAAUUUUCAUUCAAAAAAACAGCGGGGGAGGAGGGAUUCCUUUCAUCAGCAGAUUCGCUCUGUUUUUUUUCUGUACAAAAAUCAGUGUUAGGAAAUGGGUUCUCUUAACUCCCUUUUUACAGACAAGUUAAAGUCCUAAGCCCUGAGGACCUUCUGAGAAUGGCCAUCAUCUUUACUUACCUGACUGCUCUUUGGCUAAGGUGGUGGCAUCUCUCUAGAACACCCUGAUAAAGCAGUAAUCACAAGUGAAAAUGUUACUUCUCUUGGCCAGAAGGAAUUCACUUGACAGUGUUUUUAUUCCAUUAGUCUGACUGCUACAGACAACAAAGCACAUGCACACACACGCAUCACCCCAAACCACUAAAACUACUUAAACACUGACUUAAUAAGCAGAGCAGAGAUGGAAUUUCUGUGGCAGAGACAGAGUAAGAACUAAUGUUGGGCCUUUUAAACCUUCAGUCUAUUAGCCAGGCUUUGAUUGGGGAAAAAUGAAAUGUUAAAAUCAUGCUAGUCUACACCAACCUGUACAGCUAUUUAAAAACCACUGAAUAUGAGGAAUGUAUUAGAAAUGUUAAACAAGUGGACUGAUUGUUGACCCACAUUUUCCUAAUAAAUAUCAAUCAUCUAAUCACCUCAGUCCAAAAAUCUAAUACACCUGGACCAUUACUACGACCAGAAAAGUCUUAUUUAUUUUUGCCUGCGUUUGCGCUUAAAGUUUUGUGAUGGGCUGGGCUUCUCAAUGACUCCAAGAAGGCAGAAAUACUUGCCUUGGAUUCUGUGGAUUUUUUUAAACCUGUGUGCUAAUUCAACGAUGUUACACUUAAUUGUGUGAGGGUUUUUGUAUAGUUUUCAAACAUCUGUGGUGUAAUGAUCUUUGUUAAACAUGUAAAGUGCCAUAGUCUUUUUUUAUGUGUAGCAUAUUUAAAAUAUAUAUAUAUGUAUAUUAUACAUACACAAGUCUGUGUGAAAGAUGUGCAAUAACAAAGGUGUAUGUAAGUUUUGUUUUUUUUGGAAACUGGACAGGAGUCAGAACAGGGAUUGUUUCUGUUUUGGCAAAGGAGAGUUAAACAUGUUCGCCUUCAUGGCCUAGUCAUUAACCCAUAACAAUUUAAAUGCUACACAAACCGAUGUGAAGAAAAGACUGGUAUGAAAUCAUUUAUUCCUGGGUCUACAUUAAUAUAAUCACUAGAUUUACGUGAAAAUUAAGCCAGCACCAGGCCCAGUUAAUGCUAGUCUUUCAUGUGAAAUGUGAAGCUGCCACAUUGCCUUUUCUGUUAGUGUGAAAACUAGUAGCUGGGACAUAAUCACUAAGGAGCUUUUUCUUAACAUGCUUUGAUAGACCACGUUAAUGCUAGACCACUAUUUAAGGGCUGAUCUCACACCUUCUUAGCCAUAAGAGUCUGGCUUAGAACAGACUUCUCUGUGCAAUAACAUGUGGCCACUAGGAAUCCCUGGCCUGCAUUUCUAUUUGGGCAGCGAUGACUCCCAAGGGCCAAAAGAGUUAAAGGCAUGACUGGGAUUUCUUCUGAGACUGUGGUGAAACUCCUUCCAAGGCUGGGGGAGUCAUUAGGUGCUUUGGAGGAACUCAGCAUCACUUGAUAUUCAGUAGCCACUUGAGCCAAAUAGAAAACUGUAUUUACCGCUAAUGGACUCAAUUUGAGCCUUCAAAUUUAUGGUUAUCCUAUUAUAUUGUAAACUAAUACAUUGUUUGUCUAGCAUUGAUUAGGUUCCUGUGCAUAUGUAUUUCACAAUGCCCUCCCCUCCCCAGAUCGGAAUUAAACCAGAUUUUGGAAACUCACUCUGAUUUUUUCAAGUCUAAGUAUAUUGGUUUCAACAGAAUUACAUAAUUUUCUCAAGAAAACACCUACCAUCAUAAUAAAAAAAAAAGAAA